AAGGAGAACUAAUUUACUACUAACAAAACAAACAAGGGUAAUUUGAUAACUCUUUGACUAGGUAAGUCCUAGGCUAUUCAUAUUCUCUACUCUGCAACUUCUAAGCAAAGGGGAACGAAGAUCAAGUAGUAGAAACCAACUACAGAGUAAUCAUAGGUUCAAUUGCUGACUCUAGUGUGUUUUCUUUGUUCAUGUUGAAGUCAUGGUUCAACUAAACCUUUAUAGAUUAAAUGCGUUAUCAUCAAAUACAUGCGUUUUUCUGGGUCUUCAAUUAGUUCCGUAAUUGUCUUCUCUUGAUAUCUGGAAAGUGCGUGCCAAUUUCCAGGAAUUGUCAAACGGGUUGGUAACGUGCUGACAGCUUUGCAAACCCAUCCGGUCAAUCUAUACAAUUUCAUAGUCCUCAAUCAUCAAUCGUUUUUAUUUUAUUUUUAUAUGAAGCAAAUAAACACAAUUAUCACAAAGUAUAAUACAUACAUAUUGUAGCACUUUAGUUCAAAUAAUUUGAUUGAUAACUUCGCUGACUUGACCCAUUUUAUAGGAAUAAGUAAAUGAUGUAUCCUUUUUUCACUAUUUUGUAUUUUCCAUUUUGCAUUUCAUGAAGCCGCGUAGUGAAUAAGAGGUCCAAUUCCAGCUAGCCGCUGACUUGGAUCCUUUGACCUGGUGGGUAGGACUUAGAUUUAUAAACAACAUACUCUUCUUGCAGGCCAUUAAUUUUCAUUGGAUUGGAACAAAGAGCUGUUUUUGGCAAUAAAAUAAUUCAUAACAUCAAAAACAACUUUGAUAGUUAGAAAUUAGAAUUAGAUCAUCUCCCUCUUAAUUUUUUGAUACAAGACUAAUGAUAUUGGAUAGCAAUAGCUUCUGCUAAUGAAGAAAACACCAGGUCCUACUUUGCAUCAGUCUAGCCAAAGAAAAAAGAAUCAUGGUCUACAAAAUAGUGGUGCAGUCAAUGGCAAUGGCACAAAUGGACACAAUCAUAAGAAUCAUGCUUCCCCAUCAUAUUUCAAAUCUGCUUUCAAGAUAAUUGCAAGUGUUUUUACAUUGUUUCUCCCUGGGAAAAGAAAAACAGCCCAAGAAGCUGCUGAAAAUCAUGAUAGGAAGAACACACAAAAAGUCAGAGGAGUGCCAUCUUCAACAGAAACAUCAUAUGAUAGUUCUAAGAAUUCAUCAAAAUGGAAGUCUUCUCAAUCCUCUGGAUCAUCAAGCACUCCAAAUAUUCAGCUUGGAAAGGGAAACUUUUCCUUUGACGAAAUUUGCAAGGCAACAGCGAAAUUCUCUCCAGAUAAUAAGAUUGGGGAAGGUGCGUUUGGAACGGUAUACAGAGGGAAGCUUAAUGAUGGAACCCUUGUGGCUGUGAAGCGUGCCAAGAAGGAUGUACAAAACAAGAAUUUAGCUGAGUUCAAGAAUGAAAUAAGCACCUUGUCAAAAAUUGAGCAUCUGAAUCUUGUGAGGUGGCAUGGAUAUUUGGAACAUGGAGAUGAAAAGAUCAUUGUUAUUGAGUAUGUUAAUAAUGGAACUCUCAGGGAUCAUCUGGAUGGAACACGGGGAAAUGGACUAGAAAUUGGCGAGCGUCUAGACAUAGCAAUUGAUGUAGCUCAUGCAAUUACAUACCUUCACAUGUAUACAGAUCAUCCAAUUAUUCAUAGAGACAUCAAAGCAACAAAUAUCUUAAUAACUGACAAUCUAAGGGCCAAAGUGGCUGACUUUGGCUUUGCGCGGUUGGCUGCAGAGGACCCAGCUAAAACUCAUAUUUCAACUCAAAUUAAAGGAACAGCUGGGUACUUGGAUCCUGAUUACAUGAGAACACAACAACUCUCUGAAAAAAGUGAUGUUUACUCCUUUGGGGUGUUGCUUGUUGAAAUGAUGACAGGAAGACAUCCAGUUGAACCAAAGAGACCCCUUAGUGAAAGAGUUACAAUUAAGUGGGCAAUGCAGAUGUUGAAACAACGAGAAGCUGUGAUUGCCAUGGAUCCAAGGCUUCGGAGAGGUCCGACCUCAAACAAGGCUGUACAUAAGGUUUUGAAGCUUGCUUUCCAAUGCCUGGCACCAGUGAGACGAGCACGGCCAUCCAUGAAGAGUUGCGCAGAGAUUCUAUGGGGCAUCCGCAAAGAUUUUAGAGAUAAAGCUGUUUCUCAUUCUCCCUAUGGAGCUCCCCAUUCUGCAGAUUUUGCUCAGAUAGAUUCUAGGAAUAAUAGGCAUGUGUCACAUGGUACUAAAGAUAACAAACAGUAUAAAUUUGUCUCUGCAUAAUCAAAUUCAGUUGUGAGAUUUUUUCAUUGAUUGUAUAGAAUCAGAUAAUCAACAUGUCUUAUAUAGCUCUUGCUUGUAUCAUGUCCAUUACCUAAAGCUGUAAGUUUCAUGAGGUCUUUCCCUCUUUCAUUUUGAAAUUCUCAAAGGUUUUAGAUUGUGGUAGAGGGUUGCAUUCUCAAUGGGCUUCUAUAGCUACAUCAUUUAUGGGCCUCAAGUUACUAUGCCAAUUAUAAUUAGUUAUUAUUAUUUCUAUGUUUAUUUCUAGUUUAUUAUUUAGAUCAUGUUCUAGAAUAUUCUACUUUCUAUGAUGGUGCCACAUGUAAGGUCACCUUUCAUCCCUUAGAGUGGAUAGUUAGUAUAAGUUGUAUGGAUUCCAUUAUGAAAGAUUAACAAGAAAAUUGACAAAGUUUUAUUUUA